ACAGCACGCAGGUUUGUCGCUAUAGACGAGGAGGAGGCAGAGGAGGAUUGAAGGUGCGCUGGAGGCGACACCUGUCAAGCCGCUACUAAACUCAGUUGGUUGAUUUUAAAAGACUGAGGCGCCCGAAGACUAGCGGGAUAAAUCGAGGUGGAAAUAGAGAUUAGUCGCACCUAUUGUCGCUGUUUUACGCUCAGGGAGGGACACGGAGCUCUUUUGAGGAGAGAAAAAAAGGAGGAUGUAACGUUAACGUUAUGACAAGCCGUUUCGGGAGUUGAAGUAGCGAAGUUGGCGUUUGGUUGAAGUGGAGCUGGCUGACAGCGAGGAGCAAAACACGCUGGAGAGAAAAAACGGGAUCCGAGGGCGCUGUUCACUGACACUCUGCCAGCUGUCCUGCUGAAGCACCACCAGUGAAGUCUUCCUCCAGGAUACUCGACAUCGCUCUAUUUCUUCUAACCUGUGGGGGAACUUUUCACACUGAGCCACGUGACUGGCCUUCCCAGCGCUGCUCAGAGUGCACUACAGUACACACGGUCAUCGUGCUUUGCUGCCUCUAAAGAUCAGCUGUGUGAACUGAAAAGGAAGCGAUUAAAAUUUAACAGAGGAGAGUGAGGCGGAAACUGAGAGGGAAGAAGAAAGGAGCCUCUGAACCAAACUGUCACAACCUGUAAUCUGCACAGGACCAAACUGUCCAUCACAGCCUCAAACAUACUCCAUUUACCAUGAAAGAACUGUGAAAUGUAGGUUUUUAAUAAUUGUUAUAAUACGACUAAUAAUCGUAAGGACUCUUAGCUGGAUAUCUUAGAGCUGUGAAAAUCCCACUUAUUCUGUCCUUGCUCCUCAUUCAUUAUAACCACUAACUAGUUAUUCAAAGCCAGUAUAACUGUACUAUUCCUGCAUGACCCACUGCUUGCAUGAGUAUCCAGGAUUGCUUUUGACUUCGAAGAAGGACCCUUAAGCUCUCAACCAUCUUCUGACUGUCGACCCAACUGUAACAUUUGGGUGUGGAGCAGUGGCUUCAGAAUAAGGCCUCUGGACGCUUGUUGAAGAUGACUUGAGCUGGCAGGCCUAAAAGCCCCUUACCCCAGAGAGAGAGAGGAAGAGAGAGAGAGCUUGGCAGUAGGACACACACGACAAAAAUGUGGGUGCCGAGGCGGCUUUGAGCCAUGCUGGUGUUGCAACUUGCGGAGCCCUGGAGUACAGGCUAUCAUCAUCCCUAUCAUCAUUCACCCAAGCUGAGGAAGAUUCAACGGCCCCGAGGAGCGAGGCUACACUUGUGAACCAUUCAAAGACAACUUCUUUAACACACAGAAAUCCACGGUUACAUCUUCAGUCACACACAAAGACACAAUAAUACUUCUCUUCACAAAUCCUUUGAUACAGGAAAAACACAGCUGCAGCGGACGCAAAAAGCACAGAGACUGACCAGGAGCUGAGCACAACAUGGCGGCUGAGAGUCUUGCUGAGCUCCGCGACUGGCUCUUUCUGCUCCUCCUGUGCCUCACCUUAUUGGCUGAGGUGCUGGAACUGGCGGCAGCAGCAAUUGCCAUGGAAACGGGCGAAGGAGAUGAGGGCAUUGUGUGUCCCUCUGUGUGCCGCUGUGAUGAGGGUUUUGUCUACUGCAACGACCGUGGCCUGAGUAUAAUUCCUCCCCUACCAUUAAUGGCUGCCAUCCUCUACUUACAGAGCAACCGGGUGAAAAACUCCGGCCUGCCUCCCUCACUGGAACGCAGCACUUCCAUACGAGUAAUUUACCUGUAUGCUAACCAUCUGGAUGAAUUCCCUAUACACCUCCCGCCUUCGUUACGGGAGCUCCAUCUGCAGGAUAAUAAUAUACGAACGUUACCGAGAUCAGCUCUGACAAAGUUACCAUUACUAGAACGUUUGCACCUGGAUGAUAACUCUAUAUCCACAGUUAGCAUCCAGGAGCGAGCUUUUUCUGGGACUCCACGGCUUCGACUGCUGUUCCUUUCUCGAAACCACCUGUCAAGCAUCCCUGCAGGCAUGCCAGCAUCCUUGGAAGAGUUGCGACUUGACGACAACAGAAUAAGCACCAUCCCAACACAUGCCUUCCGUGGGCUCUCCUCCCUUCGACGCUUGGUUCUGGAUGGGAACCUGUUGGCCAACACGCGAAUUGCAGAUGACACCUUUUCCCGUCUCUCCAACCUGACUGAGCUGUCACUGGUCAGGAAUGCUUUGCAGUCGCCGCCAGUCUACCUUCCUUCGUCUCACCUUGUGCGCCUCCAUUUGCAAGACAAUGGGAUGACUCACAUACCACGGGGGGCCCUGGACGGCAUGCGGCGGCUUCAGAGGUUGGACCUGUCGGGAAACAAUCUGACCACUCUUCCACGAGGGCUUCUGAAGGACACAGAAAGCCUGGAGCUGCUACUGCUGCGAGGAAACCCGUGGUACUGCGGCUGCAACCUUCGCUGGCUCCACGCAUGGCUGCACAGCCGGGGGGCUGCGGUGACAGUCAGGGGUCUGACCUGUCAGGGCCCAGAGUCUGUGAGGGGCCAAGCCCUCAGAGAACUAGCCUCCCUGAUGGAGCAGUGUGAAGGCCCUCCUGGUGGUCCCGGUACUGGAAUGGGGAUGAACCCAGCAGAAAAAGAUGGAGGAGGUGAAGAUGACAUUGGAGGGGGCCAAGCUGUGGCUUCGGUUCCCCAUGGCAGCAGCACCACAUCUCCUCUGAUGGUCCCCACUCAAGGAUCCCUCUUCACCCUUAUCGCCAAGCGGCCGGGCUUUGUUAUACCUCUGCCUCCCGGUGAAGGGGGGCAGGUCUCUGGAGAGGCCCUGGAGCUGACUGUAAAACCUCUUUCUCCGGACAGUGUGCUGGUGAGUUGGCUUUGCCCCGAACCGGCACCCUCCUUUCGUCUGUCGUGGCUGAGGUUGGGAAGCACUGCAUCUCUUGGUUCCAUAACAGAGACUCUAGUACCUGGAGAGAGGAGGCAGUACUUCCUUACCCAGCUUACCCCACGCUCCCAUUACCUCAUCUGUUUGCUGCCACUAAGACAGGAAUCCUCUUUUGGGGGUUCCAGCAUGGGUUCAUCUCGAAUUGGCAGCAUGGACACAGACAGUAAAGACUCGAUCCCGACCUGCGCUCAGAUAGAGACUGGAGAGGCUCAGGUCAGCGCAGGAGGGGAGGGGUCUGAUAAAGACGGUAAGGACUCAGAACUAACAGCCCUGCCAUUGGCUGGGAUCAUAGGUGGUGCCACAGCAUUAGUAAGCCUGCUGUUAAUCUUUGGCAUAUUCUGCUGGUAUGGACAGAGAUCAGGCUAUGUGUCCGGGGACUCAGGUACAUAUGGCAGGGGCCGGGGUGGAAAACAUUAUGAUGACUAUGUUGAGUCGGGCACCAAGAAAGACACUUCCAUCUUAGAGAUCAGGGCACCUCCUGCAGGGUUUCAGAUGACAGCUAUGGCCCAUCAGCCCCUGCAGCCUAAGCUGGAGGACGUCACCUACAUCCACACUAUUUUUCCCUCUUCUUCCUCUUCCUCUUCCCAAGCUAACGGGACAUACAGGAGCAGCCAUGGAGCCGGCAGCCUCAAUGGCACCAUCCUCAGCCAAACCAGCCACCAUCGUGUCACUUAUGGUACCAACCGGGGAUACCGAGAGGGUGGGAUCCCCGACAUAGAUUAUGCCUAUACGUGAUGAUCCACAGAAACACUCCCUGAACCACUAAUGCCCGGCGCCAUUUCUAUGAUGACGACCCCUUGGCUGGUGGCCAUUUGUCCUUGGAUUCCAAAGUACCCUCUGUGCCUCUGAUGGUUCAAUUCUGAUUGGUUUGCUAAGUAGAAAAGACUGAUUUUGGCUAUGUUGAAUUGACAUUGUUGUUGAGUGACAGAAGUAACAGUCCUACUAUACUCUACUACUGUAUACUACUUUAUACAGAAAGACUUUCUUUCAGCGCUGAUUACAGCUAUACAUGGUUACGUUUUCUCUUUUGGAUAUCUCAGUGUCUUUUAAACCUACUGUUCUUCUCGGCUCAUUAUAAUACACAGUAACUUAUUUGAGGUUGAUAUACUAGGCUUAGCUGAUUUAGCAGGAGAUAUAUUUAUUAUAUGAGGAAAAGGCACUUGAUGUGUAUAGAGAUAGGUCUCAUAUCUUCCUACCAACUGUAAGCUCUGUGCUGUAUAGAUACAAGGGAUGACAGAGGGAAAAAUCAAUGGUUGUUAUAACCCACAGAUGACAAUGCAUCAUGGUUGACAUGAAAAGAUGUGUUCCUAGUGUCCCCUUUCCCUCUAGUUUAUUCCCCUCCUUUUUAAUUUUAACACGUUUCAGCCUCUUUCGCUUUUCUUUUUUUUUUGGCUGUGGCUCUUUCCUUUUAUUUCUCUUGUGUCUUUUGUGGUGCCGUGAGCAGAGGACGACUUUGUUCUCGCUAAGGGAGCUGACAGCAGUGAUAACAGUUCUGACAGAGACAGGAGACACAAACCACAGAAUGGGGAGACUAAUGAGAGGGGGAGAGAGAGAGAGCAGGGGUGAUGGAUAUAUGGAUGGUAAUAAAAUAAACAAGACAAGGAGAGAGAGGGGUGCUGUUUUGGGAAUGGAGGCGCUGAGAGAGGUGUGUUGGCUAAAGGCAGACAGCGAGGACAGAAAAUGAGAGACAAAAGGAAGAUGAGGAAAAAAGGGCGUGUGACAAAUUCAGCGGCAGGAGGUAGAAAAGCAGACAAAAGGAAGAAGUUGGGGGAUCAAGAAGGAUGCAGGCGGGGGGAAAAGAGGGGUGAUCACUGGAAUAUUGUGUAAUCAUCAUCCAAAAUGUUACCCAAGUUUUACCCUCAGUGUAUCCACUGCUGAACUCAGCAAAUACGUGACUUCACACUUCCAUCAAGGACUGAUGUUUUCAGUUUCCUGUGAUCAAAAUUGAAAGAAUCAAACUAAAUUGUUACAGCAGUUUUCGCCUGUAUCUUUAUCAUGACAUGGAACCAUUAAGAUGCUAAUGUUUGUAGGACACAAGGAGAAUAAGGAAUUAAAGACAAUCAGAGAAAAACACAAGUAAAAUAAUUGCCACGACUGCAGGAUAAAUGACUAGCUUGAGAAGGACAGCUAUUCAAAUCUCAGAAUUAAGAAAAAGUAUGUACCCACGUUCCCAAUUUCUAUUGUAGUCUGGUCUUAUUAAAUUACAUUUGCAAAUGAAGUGUAAGAAACGUAAUUAUACAUCUUAAAAUAGUAACCCAUUAUCAUCUUGAGGCUGGUUAAACCUACUUAAUUGAAAUAAGUUUUAGCAGCUAAUGAUUUUGUGCGGAAUUCUCUUCUCAUAACUCUUUGCUAAAAAUGUAUUCAUAACAAUCUGUCUUUCCAAUUUUAAUCUGAAAGUUGAAGUUGUAAAUGUUUUAUAGAUAUUUAAAAUACAAGUAGGUAUACGUGUUGGCAAAAUUAAUUAUCUCAAAGUAUGUCUCAGUAAAAAAUCCCAAUACUACAAAAUAUAUUUAAAUUUGCAUUCUCUGAGAAAAAGUACAUUCGAUGACAAAUGUCAUACAGUUUUACAGGCCAAAGUCCAGCAUAGACAGUCAUAAACAGGGAUCCCAGCCUGACCGCUACACUGUGCAGUUUAACAAACAAACAUAUGAAGAACACAAACACACCGCAUGAAGAAGGACGCAGCACCUGCUCUCCGACUGCCUCUCACUGACUACACUAAUAUACUUUACUGGAGGAGGAACAUCAAAGGACACUAACAAACAGCCAGACAUGAAAAGAGAAAAAGGAGAGGGUGGAGAGUGAGAAAUAAAGAGCGAGGCCGUAGAGGGAAGGAUCCUGAUGAGUGAUAUUCAUGUACACAGAACCUCCAACCGAUUCUUACUUACAGAAGCUCUCUUUCUCUUUUCCGACCUGGGUUAAUGUCGUAACCAGUCGUAUAGGACCAGCUCGUGCGGAUUUUUUUAUUUUAGCUGCAUUUAUUAUUUUCUUUUUUUAAAGAGCAUUGAAGCUUCAUUUUUUAUUCUGUGCAAAAAAAUCAUUUUUCCUUCUGAAAAUGUCACCCUCAGACGUGAUAAUGAAAACACUCUUAUGUAUAAACAUAAAAAUGGAUGCAACACGCUAUUCCAUUUAUUGGUCUGUCGUCUUUUUUUCUACAAGGAUGAAUAAAGACUUCUAAAAAGAAAAA